CGGAACUGUUGUUGCUGUGGCAGCCUUAAGUCCAACGGUGCUAUGAUAUCGAAUUAGCGUCUAGAACGUGCUUGAUAAGCCGAGGCCUUGACUUACCUAUGUCUGUUGCUGAGACGCCUACUACCUUUUUAAAUAAGGCUGCAAGGAAAACCUGCCACGCGGCAAGGGACGCGUUCUACUCGUGUGUGAGGGAGCAAGGCGUGGACUUUGCACCGGGCGCACAAAUUCCCUUAAAGUGUAAGCUGCAGCGAACGCAAUUUGAGGACGCGUGCCCCGCAAGCUGGUUGAAACACUUUGACGAACUACAGGAGGCCAACGCUCGUCGGGCAAAGUACCUGGCAGCGACCAUCAAUCGCGCGGCAGACAAAGCCGCAGGUUCGCUUUCUGGCAAGGCAUAGCUGCGGCUUGGUGUAGUGCGGUAAGCUGGGCCAAUGCUGGCUCUUCUUACAAGGAGACCCGACAUUGGAAACAGCUGUACCAAAGCGUCUAAGCACGUGUUAGCUCCUUAAGGGGACAGGCGGCUGUUGUGUUGCUUCGUGCAGCCAACUUGCUAACAAAAAAACUUAAAAGCCGUGCGUGAAGGAGCAGCAACAGCAGCCGUAGCGGAAGUUCAGGUGCAAUGGGUCGCGACGACGAUCGUGAUCGCGACCGGGAUCGAUACCGGGACUACGACAGUGGCUAUGGCAGGGAGCGGGACCGCAGCGACCGUCGAGGGGAUCGGGGCGACAGGGACAGGGAGCGAGAGUACGACAGGGACAGAGGAGAGAGGGAGUACGAUCGUGGAGAGCGCGACAGAGACAGAGGGCGUUCGGAGCGGGAG